GUUUUUUCAUUAAAUGUCCAACGGAUACUAUACUGUACAAGUUGCAAGUAAGGACCUUGUCUGAAAAAUAGCAGUUAAUUUCUGCUUCUUAUCAUGAGAAGUCCUAACACUUCGUUCAACGGAGGGAUUCCCCUUGCCUCGUCAGUUAACCAAUCAGACUCUUCGUCUGGGAUGAUGACGUCAUCUGAAGUACUGCCACCUUCCACUCCGGUCUCACCCUAUCAAGGUCAAAGCUGUGUGUUCACUUGUUGGAUAUGUAGAUUUCAGGUGGAUGACCCUGUCACGUGUGCCAAUGGACACUUGUUUUGCAGACACUGCGUGAACAGAUGGAUUGAGCCACGCUCAUACACUUCAUAUCUCUCCAACGGCUCAAACUCUGCCAUUGGUCUCGACCAAAAUGGUACUAGAGGUCAUGAUGAGAUAUCGCAAUCUAACGGAACCGUUCAUAAUGGAGGAAGUGUACCUAGGAAGAGUUUCUGCCCCACAUGUAGGAUUCCGUUGAGUGUCGAGAGUCUGAGACCUAUAUUGGGAGCCCAAGAGGAGCAUUCGAAUAGUACAUACAGAGGCAAAAGUGCAGACGAAAACUCGUGUGUGAAAAUGGUGCUAUCCAGAAAAGAACUGAGGAACCAACGCUUCAGCUCUCUGAGGGACCUAUAUGAGAGUGAGAUCACUCUUCUGUUGAGUGAGAUUGAAGAUCUAGAAGACCGGUUGAGUAGUAGGAGGGGAGCCAAGUAUGAGUCAGCAGGUGUGCAGACAGAUGGCCCAAUGGCCUCCAUGAAACAGCUCCUCAGCACCACAGACAAGUUCGAGACCACUCUUAGACUGUCACUAGAACUGAAGGCUGAAAACGAUUCCCUUAAGAAGAGAAAUGAGGACUUGGAGAUGGAGAGGAGCAGUCUGCAAAGGGCACUAGGCAGGGUGGAUCAUGACGACAGGAGCAACGGAACCACACCUUCAACUCCGUCCAAGUUUGGUGGCAAGUAUGUUGUCUCUACACUGGAGAAAACUAUCGAAGGCCUGCAGAAAGAAAACGAACAAUUAAAGAAAGCCCUGGACAGACAAGACCAGUUCAUAAAAGACCUGGAAGCUAGAAAACACUCAUCAUCUACCUCAAACACUGAGCUAGAAUUGAAUUCGUGGGGUAAUCUGAAGACUAUUUCUGAAAACAAUACUAGCGGCAGUUCAAGUGCAAGGAAGUUGGGAAGUCGUGUUAAAUCGUUCGGUGAAAUCGCGUUGCCUUCACAAUCACCAUGCAAGAAUCUAGCUAUGAAGAGUUCAACUAAAUCAGAGUCCAAAAAGCCAUACCAAUCCAAGACUGAACCAAAAAGCAAAAUGGAAGGAAGUUGUACUCCAAAAAUGGCGGCAAAAGAAAUUGAAAAUGAGAUCAGCAAUUGUGAAAAUAGUAGUGUCAGGCCUACUAGGAGAACUUUAUUUUCAAAUGAAACUAAGAGGUUCAUUGAGAAGGAACCUAGCUCUUCAGAAGCUCAACUUCUGUCUGAAACUACUGCUCUCACUUUCAAUGGACAUAAAAUUGCUAAUGUUCAAUCAAAAUUAUCUGAUAAGAUUGGGUUAGAAAGUGAUCUAACGGAUAAGACUGGAAAAUCUCCAAAGACCAGGAAUCCAUCGCCAUCUAAGAUUCCAAGACCCAGAUCACAGUCGCCCAAAGUGGCACAAGAACUGGGCAUCAACUCAACAGCUGUCAGAAGAUCACCGAGGAAAAAUCCUCUGCUAGAAGUUAUUUCGGAGAGUUCACCAGGCCACCGAAAUAAUAGUUCACAUCGUGAAAAAUCAGAUGUACAAGUUGCGGAGGAUAGGGAUAGCCGCCACAUUGAUGUCUGUCCUAAAGAUGAUUUGGAAAAGAGUUUUGAAAACAAUGGUAGCCGAGAUGGGUCAUCUAGUUGCAGGAAAAUUGUGGAUCAUGACAGCCUAAAAUCAAACCAUAGUUCAAAAUUACUAAAUGAAAUCAAAUCACUGAAUGAUACACUGGAGCUUUCAGUUGGAUCAGAUCUGUUUGGUGAAGCAAACGAUGACCUUUUAAAUUGUGAAAAUGCGGUGACAAAUAAUUUGCAAGAUUCUGUUCAUACACAUAUCGGUCAAAAACCAAGUGUACCCAGUAGUUUCAAUACUCCCAAGAUAUGCCCCCCGCAUGUAGAGGAUGAUGCCGACCAAUCAGACGCUUUUUUGAAUGAAAUAUUUUCAAGUACCGAAAAACGAGUGGGAGACAGAAUAUCAACAAAAUUGAACAGCACUUCAUCGUCAAUUAAAACCACUGACGGCAAUGAAGAAAAACUGGAAUCUAAUUCAAUUCAAUUAGGGAGACUUUCUAGUCUAGACGAAUUCAAAUCGCUAUCGUCAGCUAUUGUUUCUCAGAGUGCUGAAAUGUCUGAGGUGUCCAGAAAUAAGCGAUUAGAAAGUGAUUUCUCAAAUGACAAUCAGAUUGCCUUGUCGCCUGGUAAAAGACAUUCGGCCGAGUUCUAUCCCGUGUCAAGAACGAAAGCCUCUGAAUCAGAUGCGAGUAUCAAAACUAAUUCAGAGCUACAAAUAGUUACGCCGAGUUUUGUAAAUUCUGCAAGAACUAGCACAAACCUAUCGAUUGAUACGCAGUCAGUCUUGGCCAAUCUAAAUAAUUAUCAGAUAAGUUUGUCUGAGAUCACAACUAGGUACCAAUCAGCGCUGAGUUCGAAAAUCAAUGAUAUUACACAAUCAGAAACGACCAAGUACUCCAUUGGAGAUAAUAAAGUAUCCAAAAAUCUAUCUUCGAAAAAUCUUUUAAGUGGCUGUGGUCGACUUGCAAGUGAUGAUGGUUUGGAAGCCUCUACUUCUAGCAAUGUUGGAACUUCAUCUAAUUGUGUGACCAGACCCGACUUUCUAAAAGACGUAGACGAAACGUUAGAUGAAAUUAGAAGACUGAAAGAACAAUCAAUCCACUCUUUAGCAACUGCGUCUACUAGUCCGACUGUUCAAAAUGCAGACUGUUUAGUGACAUCAAACAUGAAGACCCCUAGAAAGGGAAACCAAGAGUUGCGACUAGGGAUACUCAGUUUGGAAGGCACAAAGUCACCUGUUUCGAGUGCAAUCAACACAACCCCGAGGUCAACAAUAAAGCGAACGUUCGAAGAAAUGACUCUGAAGUAAUUAGUAUAAUUUGAGUAAAAAAUUACUAGAAUUUUGAAAAGACUUGAUCUUGUUUUCCAUUUAAUCUGUAUUGGUGAUGUUCAUUACAAUUUGUAUUCUCUCUCAUUGUCUAGUUUUUAAA